ACAGUACCAACAAAUUGCCAAUAAAUUACUGGAUAACAUCUAUAAAAAGCAAGUCGUAAAUGAACGUUUUAAAAACCACGAAAAUGAAUUCCAAAAUUUUAGUGAUUGUGCUUCUAGCAUAUUUUUUGGAUAAUUUAUCAGCGGCCACCCUUAAACCAGUUAAAUCUACAUCUUUGAAUGGGAAAAAUACUCCAGCCACUUUAGUUAUCAGCCAACCUAUUAAAAGUCAUCUACUUCCACCAUCAAGAGCUUCUGCUCCAACUACAGAACCAACAAAUGAAAAUGACGAUCAUCAAGGAUUUGACUCAGUUGAAGAAGAUGAUUAUUAUGAAGAAGAAGAAGAAGAAGAAGGAGGAGGAGAUGAAGAACAUUUGGAAAAUAGUAAAACUGUGAAAAUUCCAACUCAAAGUAAACCAACAAUCUCCACAAAAGUUAAUAAUAGUUCAAACAAAUUCCAGACAAGUCAAUCUAAGCUAAGUUCUUCAACUUCUACUAAACCCAUAACACCAGAAAGUGUGAAACAGAAAAAUGGUAAUCAACAAGGAUUUGAAACACUUGAAGGAGAUGAUGAUGAAGAAGAAGUAGAAGAAGAAAUAGAAGAUGAAGAUCAAGAAGAACUUUUGGAAAAUAGUAAAACUGUGACAAGUCAACCUAAGCUAAGUACUUCAAUUUCUACUAAACCCAUAACACCAGAAAGUGUGAAACAGGAAAGUGACAAUCACCAAGGAUUCGAAACACUUGAAGGAGAUGAUUAUGAAGAAGAAGAAGUAGAAGAAGAAAUAGAUGAUGAAGAUUAUGAAGAACCUUUGGGAAAUAGUAAAACUGUGUCUAAUAAAUUCCAGACAAGUCAACCUGUGCUAAGUUAUUCAACUUCUAGGCCCAAAGUACCAGAAUAUGUGAAUCAAGAAAAUGACAAUCAUCAAGGAUUUGAAACACUUGAAGGAGAUGAUUAUGAAGAAGUCUCAGAAGAAAAUGAAGAUGGUCACAAUGUUGAAGAAUAUUCAGAAGAUUCAGAUCAUAAUACUCCAACAGAUUACACAACAAUUAAUGGAGUUCAAGUAAAUCUACCCGUCCCCAUGAAUAAUCCAACUGUACCACAAUUGUCGGAAGAUGAAUUGACAGAAAACAAUUACAGCGAAUCUGAAUAUUCCCUCAAUACCGAUGAAGACCAUUCAUUAUUCCAAAAUGAUGAUGGGUGGGAGCCAAAGUCUUUUAAUAUUAACAAUAAUCCAACUGAAAUUUCUGAAACUUUAGACAGAAAAAAUGAUAAUACCAAAGAUCAAUUAAUCAACACAAAUGAAUUUGAAUCAAACCCAUACGAUAAUACACAGAUAUUUACUGAUAAACAAGAAGAAAAUUCAGAAUACCGUUUUAAAAAUCAAUAUGUGUUAGAAAAUAAAGAACGAAUUAUCAAUGGGUAUGAAGCUCUGAAGAAAAUAUUAUAUAUGUUACAUGACUAUGCAAGCUCAACAUUUAAUUGGAUCAUAAACAAAAUAAAUUACCGAAUAGAACAGGUCUCAAGUUAGGUAAACAGUCACAAUAUUAUCAUGUUAAUAUUAAAAUAUUCAGUUAAAAAGGGGAUAAGUAACAAAUUAAGACAACAAUGAGAAAAUAAUCAACAUCAAUUAAUUUUAAAUUAUUUAAUAAAUAUAAAAUUUAUUAUAACCAACAUACAUGUAAAAGUUAUAUAAUAACUAAUAAAUAAAAGUUAAUCAA